AUGAUUGAUGCUGCUAGUGGAGGAGUUUUGGUGGAUAAAACUCUAGAAACUGCGAGAAACUUGAUUGCAAAUAUGGCGGCCAAUUCUCAACAAUUUGGCACUAGACUUGACCCUCCAUCUAAGCAUGUUAAUGAGGUAAAUAUUGUUGGAAAUUGCCUCAUCCUCACCAGCCCGGACGGGGUGGUUGCAGAACAAGCUUUGCGCUUCGAGUUCCCCGCCUCGAACAACGUGGCGGAAUACGAGGCGCUCGUCGCCAGGCUCAAACUGGCUAAAGAGCUGAAGGUUGAAGACCUGAAGGUCUUCAGUGACUCCCAACUGGUCGUGAACCAGAUUCUGGGAGACUUCGAAACUAUGGAGCCAUCGAUGCAGAAAUAUCUCCAGAAGGUGCGAAACCUCACCUCUACUCUGAGCUCCUUCAACAUUCAACAUAUUUCUAGGUCGGAGAACCUGAGGGCAGACCAACUGUCGAAACUGGCGACCUCCCGCAUGAGCGAACUUUCCAAAGCAACAAUGCUCGAGUAUCUCCAAACGUCCAGCACAGAAGAGCCUGAGCCGAUCCUCUGCAUCGAAACCGAGCCAAGCUGGAUGGACGAGCUCAUCAGUUAUCUGCAAGAUGAAGCUCUCCCUGACGAUGAGCUCGAGGCUCGCCGAAUUAGGCGUCUGGAUUCCCGAUACGUAUUCUAUGAUGGUAAGCUCUACCGGAGAUCCUUCACCUCUUCCCUCCUCAGAUGUCUCCACCCGUCAGAGGCGGACUAUGCUAUGCGAGAGGUUCAUAAAGGAAUUUGUGGAAACCAUUUGGGAGGCCGAGCAUUGGCCCACAAGAUCCUCCGCCAGGGAUACUACUGGUCCACACUUCAGAAGGAUGCAACGGACUUCGUCCGAAGGUGCGAUCGGUGCCAGCGGAACGCCAACAUCCAGCACCGACCCUCGGCCCCGCUGACCUCGAUCGGCGCCCCCUGGCCAUUCGCUCAGUGGGGAAUUGACAUCUUGGGGCCAUUUUCUCCAGCGACCGGGCAGAGGAAAUUUCUAGUCAUCUCUAUCGACUACUUUACCAAGUGGGUCGAGGCCGAGCCAGUGGCCCGGAUUACUGAGCAAAGGAUGCGGGACUUUGGACUCAAGGCCAGGCUCGACCGGUCCAAGGGGCAGUGGGUUGAGGACUUAUACAAUGUUCUCUGGGCCUACCGGACUACAUUUCGACUACCUACCGGCGAGACCCCCUUCAACCUGGCAUAUGAAACAGAGGCUGUUAUUCCUUUGGAGAUUGGACUCCCCUCACCGAGGGUGGAGUGCUACAAUGCUGACUCCAACUCCUCUCAGCUCAGAAACAAUUUGGACCUCGUUGAAGAGGUGAGGGAGGCCGUCCGAGUCCGUAUGAUGAGAUACCAACGGAAGACGGCGCAGUACUACAAUGCCAAAGUCAAGGCCAAGUCUUUUAAAGUGGGCGACCUCGUCCUUAGAAGAGCUGAAGCUUCUCAGCCAACCGAGCAGGAAAAAGUAGCCCUGAAUUGGAAAGGACCUUACCGAAUUAUACGUGUCCAGCGGCCCGGAGCAUACAAGUUGGAAUCCCUCGAAGGGACCCUCAUCCCGCGGAGCUGGAAUUCCGAAAACCUUCGGAUGUACUACCAGUAG